UUAUAACCUUCUCGUGUACAAAAACGUGGGGUUUAAUAUAUAUGGAUAUAUAUAAUUUAUGCAGGCCCUGGUCCAGAGCAUCAUAUGCUAGUUAUGAUCCUAUCUACUUAUUCUGUAGAUUAUAAAAUAGCAGACUUGCAUAGAAACAUAACAUGUAUUACAAACUUGUUUAGUCAAACUUGAAGAAGAAAAAAAAUCUUUUUAAAGAGCUUUGAAGAUCCAUGGCGAUGUCUCAUGUCCAGCCUAUGCUACUCCUCCUCGUAUCACUCUUCUUCUUACCGGCUUUGCGUGGCGCCAUAGAUUUCGAAUACUGCGCCAAAAAUGGAAACGAUUACGGAACCGUCACUAGCAUUGUGGUCUCUCCAUCUGUUGGGCCUCACGAAAACCCAACCAUCACUAUAAAUUUAUUCGGUUCUGCAAGCAAAAACAUCCCCGCGGGAACCCUUGUGUACGUAGCCUUUAGAGAUGGGGAAUUUACCGGCCUUUUAAAAACUUACAACCUUUGUGAUGUGAGUGCAUGUAACAAUGAAGCUGAGAUUGAAGCUGGCACCAACUUUGAGUUAACUCUUUCCGACGUUCUUUAUGUUGGUUAUGAUGAGGAAAUCAAGUACUCGGUAUCUUUGCGCCGAAAGACCUUAGAGGAGGAGGAUCCAAUAAUAAAAAUGUGUGUCGACUUCAAAGUACCUGCCCCAGCUCCUGCAUUUGUCUCUAUUUAGUCAAGUUGGCUGAUGAAAAGAUGUUUCCAAGUCUCUUUUGAUUAUAUGAGUCUCUCUCGCAACUUUGCUUUUCCUUUUCCCUUUUUGUGUUGUCCAACAAAUAAAUUAAAAUCUUGGACCGAUAUCGAUAGCGAUAUGAACAAGCAAUCGAGCAUGUCUUUUCUUCGAUUUACUGGUUGAUAUUAAUCAAAAAUAAAGUUUUUUACAUAGGAAAUGUUUUACUAGUAGCCCAUGAGCAUAAUAAAAGCAGAGAGAACAGAGAAAUAUGAGGAGACUUUCAAAUAAUUACAACAAAGUUGGAUGAUUAUCCUAUUUUAUAUGAUUUUACCAAUCAUAAAGC